GGGCCGCGGGCGCGGGCGGGAGGUGACAGCAGCCACGCGGGGAAGAUGGCUGAGGACUUCGGCUUCUUCUCGUCGUCGGAGAGCGGGGCCCCCGAGGCCGCCGAGGAGGACCCGGCGGCCGCCUUCCUGGCCCAGCAGGAGAGCGAGAUUGCUGGCAUCGAGAAUGACCCGGGUUUCGGGGCACCUGCCGCCAGCCAGGUGGCCUCUGCGCAGCCGGGACUCGCGAGCGGGGCUGGUUCAGAGGACAUGGGGACUACAGUCAAUGGAGAUGUGUUUCAGGAGCCUAACGGGCCUGCCGACGGCUAUGCUGCGAUUGCCCAGGCCGACAGGCUGACUCAGGAGCCUGAGAGCAUCCGGAAGUGGAGAGAGGAGCAGAAGAAAAGGCUGCAGGAGUUGGACGCUGCCUCAAAGGUGACCGAACAGGAGUGGCGGGAGAAGGCCAAAAAAGACCUGGAGGAGUGGAACCAGCGCCAAAGUGAACAGGUGGAGAAGAACAAGAUCAACAACAGGGCAUCUGAAGAGGCUUUUGUGAAAGAAUCCAAGGAGGAGACCCCAGGCACAGAGUGGGAGAAGGUGGCCCAGCUGUGUGACUUCAACCCCAAGAGCAGCAAGCAGUGCAAAGAUGUGUCCCGCCUGCGCUCGGUGCUCCUGUCCCUGAAGCAGACACCACUGUCCCGCUAGGUGCCUGUCAGAAGAAUGGCCACGAAGCACGUGGGCCUUGCUGGGGCAGAGGAGCAGCUGCUUCAGCUGGGGUAGAACGUCCUCUGGGAGCUGCCACACAGCCAGUUCUGUUCCUCUGAGUCUCGGGGAGCUGGGAAGCGGGACCCUUACCCCUUUCACCCCCCCCACUCCUUCCUGGCCCCCUGUUCCAGCCCCUCAUGACUCCUGUCAGCCCACUUGAUUGUGACUGUUCCUCCUGAUGUAUUUUUCUUGGCUUAAAGGGUGUGUUAACUCUUUUUACACUUACUUAUUAGUAUCCUCAUUUCUCUGGAAGCCGCAA